AUGCGGGGGUACGCGGGACGAGAUCUAUCUAAGUGCCGUGCUCAAAUCAUCGCUGCUCUCAAAGGCGCCAACGAAGAUCAAUGGGCAGGAUCAUUUAAGAGGUCCGGCUCCGGGAGCUCCAACAAUUCUAAUGAGGAAUCUAACAACAGCUCAAACAGGAGAUCCAACAACAAUUCUAACGAUGAUGAAUCUGAGAACAGCUCUAACAGGAGAUUGAACAACUCUAAUGAUAGCGAAUCUAGCAACACCUCUCGUAGGGGAUCUAACAACUCUAAUGUUAGCGAAUCUAACAAUACCUCGAACAGGAGAUCUAACAACAAAUCUAAUGAUGAUAAAUCUGACAACAGCUCUAAUAGCAGAUCAAACAACUCUAAUGAUGAUGAAUCUAGCAGCAGCUCUGGCAGGGGAUCUAACAACUCUAAUGAUAACGAAUCUAGCAACAGCUCUCGCAAGGGAUCUAACAACUCUAAUGAUGAUGAAUCUAGCAACACCUCUCGCAGGGGAUCCAACAACUCUAAUGAUAACGAGUCUAGCAACAGCUCCCGCAGGGGAUCUAACAACUCUAAUGAUGAUGAAUCUAGCAACAGCUCACGCAGGGGAUCUAACAACUCUAAUGAUGAUCAAUCUAGCAACACCUCUCGCAGAGGAUCUAACAACUCUGAUGAUAACGAAUCUAGCAACAUCUCUCGCAGGGGAUCUAACAACUCUAAUGAUAACGAGUCUAGCAACAGCUCCCGCAGGGGAUCUAACAACUCUAAUGAUGAUGAAUCUAGCAACACCUCUCGCAGAGGAUCUAACAACUCUAAUGAUAACGAGUCUAGCAACACUUCCCGCAGGGGAUCUAACAACUCUAAUGAUGGUGAAUCUAGCAACAGCUCUCGCAGGGGAUCUAACAACUCUAAUGAUAACGAGUCUAGCAACACCUCCCGCAGGGGAUCUAACAACUCUAAUGAUAACGAGUCUAGCAACACCUCCCGCAGGGGAUCUAACAACUCUAAUGAUGAUGAAUCUAGCAACAGCUCUCGCAGGGGAUCUAACAACUCUAAUGAUGAUAACGCUAGCAACACCUCUCACAGGGGAUCUAACAACUCUAAUGAAAACGAGUCUAGCAACAGCUCCCGUAGGGGAUCUAACAACUCUAAGGAUAACGAGUCUAGCAACAGCUCCCGUAGGGGAUCUAACAACUCUAAUGAUGAUGAAUCAAGCAACAGCUCUCGCAGGGGAUCUAACAACUCUAAUGAUGAUGAAUCUAGCAACAGCUCCCGUAGGGGAUCAAACAACUCUAAUGAUGAUGAAUCUAGCAACAGCUCUCGCAGAGGAUCUAACAACUCUAAUGAUGAUGAAUCUAGCAAAAGCUCUCGCAGGGGAUCUAACAACUCUAAUGAUGAUGAAUCUAGCAACAGCUCCCGCAGGGGAUCUAACAACUCUAAUGAUGAUGAAUCCAGCAACAGCUCCCGCAGGGGAUCUAACAACUCUAAUGAUUCUAACGGCAGCAGCGAAUACCUUAGGAAACGCGACCAAAGCGGCAAAUACAGCAAAGGCUCCGAAGACAACGCUCAAUCAAAAAGCAGCUCGAGAAGCGGAAAAUCCGUUGUAAACAAAGAUGGAAGCUCGUCUAAUGAAUACAACGCAAACAGCAAUGAGCAAAGCAGCAACAAAAAGUCUUCUGAGAGAGGAGAAAAUCGCUCCAGCGAUUUGGUGUACAAGAAGAAGUCUUCUAACGAUGAUGAUUGUUAG